CAGGUGCUAAAACCUUUGUCGGGGUCAGCGCCUUCAGUUCGUGCUACCGCUCUCGGUUCUGCCGGUUCCCACUCGGACACAGCAGAUGGCAAACAACCGAGCAAAGCGCGCCAGAAGAAGUUUCAAAGACAUUUCCCGCAGGUCGGACCGGAGGAAAGGGUGCUCAAUUAUUACUCUUGUGCGUUAGUGGGCGAUUUAUUGUUGCAAGGACACCUGUACAUCACGAAGAAUUACUUCGCUUUUUAUUCCAAUGUCUUUGGAUAUGUGACCAAGUUACUCAUUCCGACUACAUCCGUCCUGAGGAUAACGAAAGAGAAGGUGGCUAGGAUAAUACCUAACGCUGUGGGCGUUUGUACCAGGGAUGAGAGACACGUGUUCGGUUCGCUGUUGUCGCGCGACUCCACCUACAAGCUGAUGAUGCACGUAUGGAAGGCGGCCAGGGCGCCCGAACUAACUACCCCCAAGCCUCAGGAUCUGAGGGCGUCAGAGGUGGAAUUGGACGCGUCCGAGUACUCUCCGGAGGAUGACAGUUCUUCAGCAGGUGGCGACCACGUGGAUGCUCCCACCCCAACCGUUAGGAGGGAGUCUGAAGCCAUCAUAGCUGCUGGCGCGGCUGUAAUCCAACCGGCUUUGUUAACGGGCAGUGCGGCACCUAAGAAACAAGAACAUUCAACAUACGAAUGGUGGAGACCGCUCAUGAUAUUUAUGACUGCACUACUUACAAUAUCCGCCUCCUUCCUCGCAUACAAACUAUACCAUAUUACGAUGAGGACCGACGACGAAUUAAGUCAUUUGUCCGGUGACGAGUUAUAUUCGGAGUUGGUUCAGUGGCGGACGCGACUCCAUGGACGUGCCGCCGGGGAACUCCAUGCAUUUCUGUCCACCAAUCUACUACUGCUUACUAAGGUACGGCAAUCUCUAGAGGCGCUAUCUGGCGUGAUACUGACAGACAUAGCUCAGAGCUCGACACCGACGGACGUGCCCAACGAAACAGUAUUCAGUUAG